ACUGACGGAGGACUGACGGAGGACUGACGGAGGGUGAGGAUGCUGCCGCUGCCGCUGCCCAGGACACACCCGUCCGCCCCCGAGGCUUCCUGAACGCGUCCGCCCCGCACAUUCCUCCAUCUUCCCCGCACCCCCUGCGCCUGCUCUCCCCAGGCUCGGUGCUCUCCUAUUCGGACACAGUGCGGCCGGCAGCCGGGGCUGCUCCGCUCCGGAUUACCCUCGAUCGGUUGACUCGUUUCCUGCCGUGAAUCCAGCGCGUGCAGGGGGGAGCACCGUCAUCAUGGUGUCCGCCGGGCUGCUCCGGUACCUGGCGGCCGUGUGCGCGCUGUGUGCGCCCCUGCAGCUGCCGCAGGCUCAGGCGUCUUAUUACCCCCCCCACAGCGGAGAGUGUCGAGGCAAGGGGAAGGAGUGCACAGACCUGUCGGAGAAGAAGAGCGACCUGCGGGUGUGCGAUGACUCCUCCUGUCGCUUCGGAGGCGUCUGCAGGGACGACGGCGCUCAGCUCAAAUGUGUCUGCCAGUUCCAGUGUCACAAAAACUACAUCCCUGUGUGUGGCUCCAACGGCGACACCUACCAGAACGAGUGCUACAGGCGCCAGGCGUCCUGCAAACAGCAGAGACUCAUCUCCCGGGUGUCCGACGGCCCCUGCUCCGCCGAUCCUGGCUCCGGUUCAGGAGACGGAGAAGACGAUGAAGGUUCAGGAUCAGACGUCGGGAAGAAGUUCACCAAGUGCAGCACGUGUAAAUACGGAGCCGAGUGUGACGAGGACUCGGAGGACGUGUGGUGCAUCUGUAACAUCGACUGCAGCGGCCACAACGAGAACCCGGUGUGUGCCACCGACGGAAACUCCUACAACAACCCCUGUCUGGUCCGGGAGGCGUCCUGCAUGAAGCAGGAGCAGAUCGACGUCAAACACCUGGGCCGGUGCCCCGCUGAUAAAGAAAAGCUGGGGAAGAAAGACGACAGCAGCCCUUUCAAAACAAAUGUCUUAGAAACCACAGGUCUGGACCACGGGGACGGUUUCUACGCUGGGAUGCCGAUCCCCUGCGCCGACAGCUACGCCAGCUCCUGCGUUCACGGGAAAUGUGAGAUCAAGUACAACAUGGCCACCUGCAGAUGUGACUCGGGUUACAAAGGGCCGCAGUGCGACGAGCCUCAGGACUUCAACAUCCUGUACGUGGUCCCCAGUGGACAGAAGCUGCACUACGUCCUCAUCGCCGCCAUCAUCGGUGCCGUGCAGAUCGCCAUCAUCGUGGCUGUGGUGAUGUGCAUCACAAGGAAAUGUCCAAAAAACAACCGAGGCCGCCGACAGAAACAAAACCUUGGACACUUUCCCUCGGACACUAACUCCAGGAUGGUAUAGCCGUGUUGCCGGUCGUUCUUUUUGAUAUGUUUUUUCUUACGGCGUGGGAAAGCCAUUUUUUUAAUGUGUGCUAUUGAUUUUAAAUGUUCUCCUGGGAAACCGUCGAGAAGAAGAAUCUGAAUAUUUUUUUCAGGGGCCUUAUCGUCUCUUCUUUUUGUUCGGAUGGAAUUUUGGCACAUUCAUAAAUUAAGAUUUCGUUUUUUAUCUUUUUUUUUUUUUUUGCUGCAAGACCAAGGAUCAGAUCGACGGAAACCUUCUGUCACUUCCUGUCAUCAAAACGUGUGACGUCUUAUUUACUGUAACUGCUUCAUCUGAGGUUUAGUUGAAUGCUUUAUAAAUAUGGCACCUUUAGUUAACUGGCUAACAGAGUAAUGUCCGCCCCUCUGGAAUGUGCUAUUUAUUGGGUUAGUGCCCCCUCUGUUCCACUUUGGACUAACACCGAGCAGCUGAUCACCAAAUGCAGUUUGUUUUUAAUGUUUGGUUUUGUCCGUGUGAGUAGGAGGGGCCAGCCAGGGAUAUAGAAACGUCUGUUUACACUUACUCUUUGUUUUAAGGUUCUGUGUAAAGAUUUCACUGUGUUUAAACGAGCUAAUAAUUUAUUAUUGUAACGAUUAUAGUUUUUAACUUAAGGUUUUUAUGUUUUAUUUAAAGCAUUGCUUUCUAAAUUCUAGCUCCUGUAUAUUCGCAUGACUUGUGAAAACUGUGUAGUGUGGUGUAGUUUAAACUUUUUAAAAGAAGAGCCUCCGCCACCUCAGAGCCGCCGGACAGAAGAUCAGGAGACAAGCGAGAAGGUUUUAUUUGGGUUGAGAAAAGAAACGUGUCAUGUUUUAAAUCUGUCUUUUUCAGGGGGGAGAACAUUGGUUGGAACUUUGCGGCAGGUUCUUCUAUAACCACCUUUACUUUCACCAGGAACAGAGUCGAUUGAUUGUAACGCUUCCACCUGACUGGAAGAAGUCUUGGUUGAAAUCACGGAGAUUCUAUGAAUGUGGUUUUUUGUUUGUUUUAAUUUUGCAUUUGCUCCUCACUGAGACAUUCCAAGCACAGAUCUGAAAACCCUCCUCCUCCUCCGGGCGGAGUUUGAGUCUGAAAGUGACUCCAGGGUCUUUCCUCUGUGAUGUGAACAGAUGUCACUGAUUGUCCUAAUGUGAAGCGUCUCAGCGUUAAACUGAGAAAACUGACAAAUACUGUUUGUAGAAAGUCAAGUGACAAGAAAAUACACCUGUGGCUGAUUUGGUUAAAAAGUAAAUCUCACCACGUCUCAAGGGGACGUCUACAUCCGCUGAAGGGAAACGCCUCACUUAGCAUCGACUGUAAAUAAAGAUGGACGACACAUCUCCACAUAUUCACGUUUAAAUAAAGCUAAAAUAUCCACAGGAAGAAGGUUCCUGGUUCAAAUCCCGGGUUUCUGACGUCAUUUGGUGUCCGAGUCUGUGCAGCAGUGAUCGAGGUCCCGCCCAUACAAGCUCUCAACCAAUCAGGAGUCGGUCUGAGCUGUCAAUCCUGACGUCUCAGUUUGUUUUAUAUCAUCAAAUAACUGAUUCAAACAAAACUGAUCAGAAACAUGAACAAACAUCAGAGAGAGAAGAACGACCUGAAACAUCUUUACAAACAUUUAUUUAACGUCUACUUUGAUUGUUUAGUUGCUCCAAGUCCCAUCUGCUAACACGGAGGAGGUUUAUGAGCUAUACUGCAGCCAGCCACCAGGGGGCGAUGAAGAUGAUCGGCUUUACUUUCAGGAGCUGUGUCGUCCAUCGUUAUUCACAAACACAAAAUGUCCCUGACGUGAGACAGAAAAGUCCAAAUCCUCCCUGAACCUGUGGAGCAGGGACUGGAGCUCUGGGGAGGUUUGUUUGUCUGUGUGUGUUUAUAGUUUUUAUUAUAUUUAUUUAUAUUGUCAUGUCUACAGGUCGUAGCCCCCCUCCCCCCCCAGCAGCGUGUUUCUUGUUGUCGACCAUCACAGCCGUGACUUCUCUAAAUGUGACUAGAAUGUGUUUGACAUGUUGAUCUUCAUUGCAUGUAGACUUUUAGAGGCUGUUUUUUGGUCUCUGCCAAAAUAAAAGA